GAGUCACCGGAGGAACUGGGAGUCACGGGCGCCACUGGGAGACACUGGAGGAACUGGGAGUCACGGGGGCCACUGGGAGUCAUCCGGAGACUGGGAGGUGCUCCCAGAGCCAUGAGGACCCUCCUGCUGCUGUGGGUGGCCCUGGCCGGCGCGGGGGCCCAGCUGCCCUGUCCCCAUGGGGGACCCUGCCCCGUCACCCCGGCCCUGCCUGCCCCCAGUGCUCUGGGAUGCCAGGACGGCUCAUCGUGCCCCACCAGCUGCCAGCUGCCAGAGAGUGUCCCCUGUGCUGGGGGCCACCGCUGCUGUCCCCGAGGGUCCCACUGCAGCGCUGACGGGCAGUCCUGUGUCACAGACCUGGCCCCCCGUGCUGUCCCCUGUCCUGAUGGCCAGUCCGAGUGUCCCGACGAUGCCACGUGCUGUGUGACGAGCAGCGGUGCCUGGGGGUGCUGCCCCAUGCCCCAGGCUUCAUGCUGUGCUGACAAGGUGCACUGCUGUCCCCACGCCACCGUCUGCGACCUGACCCGCGGGCGCUGCGUGUCCCCUGCCGGUGACACCGAUGUCCCCAUGGGCACAGCCUUCCCUGCCUGGAAGCGCCACCCCCCUGCCCCAGUGGCGCUGCGCCAGGUGCUGUGUCCCGAUGGCCGCUCAGCGUGUCCCGACGGGGCCACCUGCUGCCAGCUGUCCCCAACGCAGUACGGCUGCUGUCCCCUGCAGAACGCCGUGUGCUGCAGUGACGGGCAGCACUGCUGUCCCCAGGGCACCACCUGUGACCUGGUCCACUCCACCUGCACCUCCCUGGGGGGCUCUGCCUCCCUGGCAGCCCUGCCCACAGCUGGUGACAUCAAGUGUGACGAGAGGACGAGCUGUCCCGAUGGGAACACGUGCUGCAGGCUCAGCUCUGGGGCCUGGGGGUGCUGCCCCCUCGAGCAGGCCGUCUGCUGCCCCGACCACGUGCACUGCUGCCCCCAGGGCUACACCUGUGACCCCGAGGGGGGCAGCUGCCUGCAGCAGGGGGGAGCCCGCCGGCCUUGGGUGCAGAAGACCCCAGCACUGCCCCACGGGGGACAGGUGACAUCGGGGAAUGUCAAAUGUGAUGAAACCACGAGCUGUCCCGACGGGACCACGUGCUGCAGGAUGGGCCUGGGCACCUGGGGGUGCUGCCCCUUCAGCCAGGCCGUCUGCUGCUCCGACCUCGUGCACUGCUGCCCCCAGGGCUACACCUGUGACCCCGAGAAGGGCAGCUGCCUGAAGGGGGGGGCCACCCACCUGCCCUGGGUGCAGAAGAUCCCAGCACUGCCCCACGGGGGACAGGUGACAUCAGGGAAUGUCAAAUGUGAUGAAACCACGAGCUGUCCCGACGGGACCACGUGCUGCAGGAUGGGCCUGGGCACCUGGGGGUGCUGCCCCUUCAGCCAGGCCGUCUGCUGCUCCGACCUCGUGCACUGCUGCCCCCAGGGCUACACCUGUGACCCCGAGAAGGGCAGCUGCCUGAAGGGGGGGGACACCCACCUGCCCUGGGUGCAGAAGAUCCCAGCACUGCCCCACGGGGGACAGGUGACAUCGGGGAAUGUCAAAUGUGACGAAACCACGAGCUGUCCCGACGGGAGCACAUGCUGCCGGCUGAGCCUGGGCACCUGGGGGUGCUGCCCCCUCGAGCAGGCCGUUUGCUGCGGGGACCACAAGCACUGCUGUCCCCGGGGCUACACCUGCAACGUGGCCACCGAGAGCUGUGAGAAGCUGCUGGCACCCACCCCCCUGCUGCCAACCCCCUCUGCCCCCCGGCGGGCACUCCCCGUCCCGCUGCGAGCCGCUGGCACCCGCCCGGGUGGCCUCGUGCCCUGCGGUGCCACUGGCUCGUGCCGCGGGGGCCAGCGGUGCUGCCAGGCCCGGGGAGGCUCCUGGGGGUGCUGCCCCUUCGCCCAGGGCUCCUGCUGCUCCGACGGCCGCCACUGCUGCCCCGCGGGGUCCCGCUGCACUGGAGGGGGCUGGGGGUGCAGCCCCCAGCGCUGGGACCUGCUCUGAUGGCACUGGGGACACCACCAGCACCAGCACCCACCCCGCGUGCCACCACCCCAAUAAAUGGUUUCUAGGAGAAACUGCA